UUGAGCGCAGGGACAGCCUGGUCUUUGAGCUCUUCUCCCCCACCUCACCCAAGUCUGGGUGUAGCCCCUUCGUUCACUCAACUAGGAAGUCCUUUCUAAGUCUGAUCCCAGUCCCCUCCUGUCUCCCCUGACUAGGGUUGGGGGUGGGGGGGAAGGGGGAGUUCCCUUUAAGGGCGGUGGGGGAGGGGGCUGCCGGCCGUCCCUCCUUCCGUCCCUCCCUGGAUCCAGCCGCCCGGGGGCCCCCGGGGGCCCGGGCCCCGUGCCAGCGCAUGCGCCCGCCUGUGGGCGCUGUCCCGGGCUGCGAGGGCCGCGAGCGCACCGACAGACGAACCGACCGACGGAGGACUGGCUGCGGGCCGGACAGACGGGGUAGCGCAGGGAACUGGGAUGAGGCGGGACAGCGACAUGGCAAGCCACAUACAACAGCCAGGCGGGCACGGGAACCCCGGCCCUGCGCCCUCGCCUUCCCCGGGCCCUGGUCCCGGCCCGGGCGCCUCGGAGCGGGUGGCACUCAAGAAAGAGAUCGGGCUGGUGAGCGCUUGCACCAUCAUCAUCGGGAACAUCAUUGGCUCAGGCAUCUUCAUCUCACCCAAGGGUGUCCUGGAACACUCGGGCUCCGUGGGUUUGGCCCUCUUCGUCUGGGUCCUGGGUGGGGGCGUGACAGCUCUGGGCUCUCUCUGCUAUGCAGAGCUGGGUGUCGCCAUCCCCAAGUCUGGUGGGGACUACGCCUAUGUCACUGAGAUCUUCGGGGGCCUGGCUGGAUUCCUACUGCUCUGGAGUGCUGUCCUCAUCAUGUACCCCACCAGCCUGGCUGUCAUCUCCAUGACCUUCUCCAACUAUGUGCUUCAGCCUGUCUUUCCCAACUGUAUCCCCCCAGCCACAGCCUCUCGAGUACUCUCCAUGGCCUGCCUGAUGCUCCUGACGUGGGUGAACAGCUCCAGCGUACGCUGGGCCACGCGCAUCCAGGUUAUCUUCACUGGUGGGAAGCUGCUGGCGCUGUCUCUCAUCAUCACUGUUGGCUUUGUCCAGAUCUUCCAAGGACACUUUGAAGAGCUGAGACCCACCAAUGCCUUCGCCUUCUGGAUGACACCGUCUGUGGGUCACCUGGCCCUGGCUUUCCUCCAAGGUUCUUUUGCCUUCAGUGGCUGGAACUUCCUCAACUAUGUCACGGAGGAGCUGGUUGACCCACGCAAGAACCUACCUCGUGCCAUCUUCAUUUCCAUCCCACUGGUCACCUUUGUGUACACAUUCACCAAUGUCGCCUACUUCACUGCCAUGUCCCCCCAGGAGUUGCUGUCCUCCAACGCCGUGGCGGUGACCUUCGGCGAGAAGCUGCUGGGCUACUUUUCGUGGGUCAUGCCCGUCUCUGUGGCCCUCUCUACUUUUGGAGGGAUCAAUGGCUACCUGUUCACCUCAUCCAGGCUAUGCUUCUCUGGAGCCCGAGAGGGACACUUACCCAGCUUCCUGGCCAUGAUUCAUGUCAGACGCUGCACCCCAAUCCCUGCCCUCCUUGUCUGUGUGAACCUCCUCGUUCCUGUUGUGUACUUGGUGUUCUGGGCAUUCCUACUGGUCUUCAGCUUCAUCUCGGAGCCCAUGGUCUGUGGGGUCGGCAUCAUCAUUAUCCUCACUGGGGUUCCCAUCUUCUUCCUGGGAGUGUUCUGGAGAAGCAAACCAAAGUGUGUACACAGAUUCACAGAGUCCAUGACACGCUGGGGCCAGGAGCUGUGUUUCGUGGUUUACCCCCAGGGCUCCCUAGAGGAGGAGGAAAAUGGCCCCAUGGGCCAGCCCUCCCCAUUGCCCAUCACGGACAAGCCCUUGAAGACACAAUGAGACCUUGUAGAGACUGGAACAGCCGAUUCUGUUUACAUGUUGUUUAUUGAGAAGGGGGUUGUGUUUUGUUUUGUUUUCAAAAAUUUUUUUUCUGCAAAAAAAGAGAGAGAGAGAGAGAGAGAGAGAGAGAAAGAGAGACCCAACCCUUAGAGGCCUAUUGUAAGGGACUGGCCACUGGGGUCGGGCUUCCUGCCUUAGCAAUGCCCUGCUAGCUUCUCCAGAAAUGCCUGUAAAUAAACAGGGCUGGUUGUUGCUGUGUGCAA